GCCUCGGUGAGAGGAGGGGAUGGUAGAUGCCUCACACUCCAUCUGUUGUCAUUCACACUAUGAAACCGGCAGCUUCAGGACACUGCACUCUGCUUCUCAACCAAAAAGAAGAACUUGGAGGCUGAGCUCUUAGGAUUGCUGCUAUACUAAAACAAAAAACAGUUGGAUUGACAGCUUUACUUUUUUCCAGUUCUCUGGUGGAUACUGACAUUUUACUGUUUUGCAAAAAAAAGGAAUUUUGCAGCUGAUUUUAUCAUCACCAACUCCGGAAAGUUGCUUCUUCAGUGCCUGGCAGCUUGAAAGGCCAGAGUUAACAUUUCAGGGGAGGCAAUUGUAAGAGUUUUUUAAAAACCUUUUUGCUGACUUGCUGUUUCACUUGGAGCUGUGAGCUUCACUCCCAGGGAACUGUUAACCAUCGGCAGUAACGGUGGGGUCGCUUAGGUGCCCGGGAGGUCACGGAGGGCGUGGAGCUGGAUGCAUGAGACGGCUUCAUGGGCCUGAAGGACCAUCUCGAGGAUGGGUCAGGCCACAUCCUCAGCCUGGAGCUGGAUCUGGACUACCUCCAUGUGGAAGGUGCUGAGCGUCAGGGGAGUCUGAGCAAUGCAACCGAUGUAGGGAUUGUGGGAAUCUCACAGGUCAGAGCUCUUGCCCCACGUAACAACAGCAUUGGUAGUAGCGGUAAUAGUUUUAGUACUCACUCAAGCUAUAGCAGCAGCAGUAGUUGCAGUAAUUUCUCAGAGGAGAGUGCAGUAUCCGACAGUGAAGAUGAGCGAAUCCAGAAUCGGUCCGAGUUUCAAAAUCCUCAUCGAGAUCAGCCUCACCAACACCACCAAGAGUCCUCCUCUGCCUGUCAGCCGGUCAGGCUGGACCUGACACAGCCAGAAACAUCAGCUCCGACCGACCCUGUCACUGACUACCGCACCAAGGUGGAGUUUGCUCUCAAGCUAGGGUACUCCGAGGAGCUGGUGCUGCUGGUGCUGAGGAAACUGGGCACAGACGCACUCAUCAAUGACAUCCUGGGAGAGCUGGUCAAACUGGGAACCAAGACAGAGAUGGAGCAGCAAGGAGGUGCGACUGUUUACCAGUCUCCCUCCACCUCUUUAUCCUCCUCUUUGGCCUCCUCCUCCUCCUUCAGCUCCUCUCUGGACUCCUGUCGGCUGCUGUGUGCGUCCCAGCUGCUGGAGGACAAAGAUAACCUUCGGCCUGUUGUGGUGGAUGGGAGCAACGUAGCCAUGAGUCACGGAAAUAAGGAAGUGUUCUCGUGUCAAGGCAUCCAGCUGGCUGUUGAUUGGUUCUUAGAACGAGGCCACCGUGACAUCACUGUUUUUGUUCCUGCCUGGAGAAAAGAGCAGUCGCGGCCCGAUGCUCUCAUCACAGACCAGGAGAUCUUGAGGCAACUAGAGAAAGAGAAGAUCCUGGUCUUCACUCCAUCUCGACGUGUGCAGGGGCGUCGCGUGGUUUGCUACGAUGACCGCUUCAUCGUCAAACUGGCCUACGAGUCCGACGGCAUCAUUGUCUCUAAUGACAACUACCGCGACCUUGCCAAUGAGAAGCCAGAGUGGAAGAAAUUCAUUGAUGAGCGUCUGCUGAUGUACUCCUUUGUAAAUGACAAAUUCAUGCCACCAGAUGACCCACUAGGACGUCAUGGACCCAGUCUGGACAACUUUCUAAGGAAGAGGCCUGUUAUUCAGAGGAAGCAGCCGUGCCCAUAUGGGAAGAAGUGCACAUAUGGCCACAAGUGCAAGUUUUACCAUCCUGAAAGAGGCAGCCAGCCCCAGCGUGCCGUGGCUGAUGAGCUCCGAGCCAGUGCCAAAAUUUCAUCAGCCACUUCCAGAGGCCUGCUGGAAGACACCCUGAUGAUGAAGAGCCAAAGUCCUGGUCAUGGUCACAGAAUGGCUGAGGCCGAGCCAAGUCAGGGCACUCCAAAGAAACAACCAAACCCCAGCCCCCGAAGCUCCUUCAGUGACCUCCUGGAGGACAGGCUUCUGGUCCAGUCCAAAGUGGGAGGACAGAAGGGAAGCAGCAGCAGCAGCAGCAUUAGUUGUAGCAGCAACUUUUUAGGGUAUCCUGCUCCAGGGGCACCUCCUUCAUCAGGAAACCUGGACAAAUGGGAAUACCCUGGGGGAAGUUCCAGAUUUCCUGGAGCCUUGGGACCGAGUCAGCCCGACACUUACCACAGAUGUCAGUCUCCAGAGGUAGGCUAUAGCUCACUGGCAGAGGCAUAUUCAAGCCUCAAUCUGGUUAUGCCACAAAGUCAUGAAUGCUUCUUCCCAGCUGAUCUGCGAGCAGGCUUGCUGACAGAUUGUAGCAGUGAAGGCAGCAUCAGCUCGGACUCCUUCUCCCCUGAUCCCUUAUUAGAUGACGGCCCCAAGUGCCACCAUCACCACCACCAUCCUCAUCACCAUCAUCACUGCUCUGGCCAGUACACCCAUCCUACAAGUCGUGUCCCACCUGGAUUGGGCCAUCGUGCUCCUCAUGGCUGUCCCAUUCCUCUAGCAUUGCAAAGACAGCGUGAUUUUGGUUGGGAAGACCCUUCAUCUUCUGUUACGUGUCACGCAUCUCCACAUCCUUUCAAAAGCCCAUCGGCCUAUGUUGCACCCCACCUUCAAUAUUCAUCACCGAGCAGUUUUCCAGGGGAAUUCCCAUCUAGUCCACGAUGCCCACCCCACCCCUCGCCUGCCCACUCCCACUCUCAGAGCUCCUCCGUUGGCCGAAAUCUAAUGGGCUCCCUUUGGCAGGAUGGUGGGUUCCCGGACUCCAGAGUAUACGAAGGGUCACCACUUCAUUCCAGAAGAAACUACACUUCCUUAAACCAACAACCACUGCCGCAUAUAAACUGGGAGCCCCAAUACCAACAGUCGCCCAAGUCCUGCUAUGAUAUGUUUACCUUGCAGAGCAGGGGGAGGGAAGCUCAUUCAUCGCCCCAUGGCCUCUCAACAUCGAGUCUUCCACCGCUCCCGCAGCUGCCCCUCAAAUCCAUUUCUCCCCACAAAAGCGACCUGCCCCCAGUGUCCCAGCACCAGGAUCCCCCCACCCUGGGUCGAUACCAGGACCUGAGAGAGAGGAUGUUUGUUAACUUGUGUUGCAUCUUCCCUCCAGAUUUAGUGAGAAUGGUGAUGACCAGACACCCUCAUGUGAUGGAUGCUCAGGAGCUUGCAGCUGCAAUUUUGAUGGAGAAAAUGCAAAACUAGCUAAGAGGAUUAGAUUACAGCUUCGUCCUAACGGAAGUUUCUUCUGCAGAGUCAUCCACUGCAAUUAUCUUAAUUAUUUAAGUCAGGUUGGACGCAAACAAGCCAAAACCAUAAGAUAUAAGGCUCCCUAAGCCGUGUGAUGCUUAUGGACAGCUUAUUUGCACUGCAGGGAAGUUGUGUCAUUCAUUUUGAUGGUGUUUUUGUUAAGGGAAAUCCCUGAGAUUGCCAUAUUUUUCUAUAUCGAAUUCCAGCACUUAAGACACCAGUGUGCUUAGGGAGGCUUUUUAAUGUGUAAGGGAGACAGUGCUAAUUUUAUAUUAAUUUAUUUGUUAUAUUUUAAGUUAUUUGCAUAUUUUAAUUCUAUUAUGUUUUUGGCACUUUUUGUUAAUGUUAUUUUUUGGGGGGGGGGGGCAAUCAUAUCAGGGUAUAAGUACUGCUCAAGUUCGACCAUGAGAUCUUUAAGACGUUCUCCACACACUGGGACGACAACAUCGAUUGUCAUCGCCUAUAAGUUCCCACUGUAUUUUGACUGUGACAGGUGGCAGAUCAGCUGCUCUGGUGAUGUUUUGUGGAUUUCCCCCCACAGGGAAGUGAAAAUUGCACCAACCACAAAAAGAGCAGAGCUGUAAGUCCAGUCAAAAAACCCUGAGCCGUUGUUCUCUUUUGAAUAGUUUCCUCUGUUAGAGUUUAGCUCUGUCAGCUGACUUCACAGCUCAUCAGCUUUCAGUGCGGAUUUUUUUUUCAAUAACCAGCCCUCUAUUCUUUUCCCAUUCUUUAAAUGUAGCUGCCUCCUGCAGGGACUCACUCUCAUGUACCGCUCUGUUGAAAAUGCCAGAAACCCUCUGGCAAGAAUCUGGGAAACUCGAUUCCUACAGACUCUGUUACCAGAGAAUUAGUGUCACCACAGUGGGAACACUAACAGAUUUGCUACUCUUUAAGCAUUAAUAAUCUGAUUAGUUGGAUUAAAACUCAGUGGUUUAAACCUGGAAUGUAUAAAGAUGGCCGACAUGACAGCUCCCCUAAAGUGAAGCCAAAUCAUCUUGAUCACACCCUGGUGGCUGGCUGCAGUAUAGGUCAUAGACGCCUCCCCCUCCAUAAUAGCAGAUGGCGCAUUAAUAAUCUACAACGAAUUGGCCCCUAGGGGCAACAGACAAUAAUUCUGGGCUGUAGACUGAGGGUAUGUGGGCCAAGCAUUGGGACCUUGAUGCCACGGCUCCACUACACAAUCACUAUAUUACAUCAAAAGUACCAAUAGGUGCCACCUGUAUUUGAGAUAUUGAAGCUUCAUUACACAAUGGGUUGUCGUUCGUCUUUCUAGUCUGUGGGUUUAACACAAAUUUUUAAAUAGGCUAUUUAUACAAACACUUACAGAGCGAUAACUUUCAUAUUACAUUCAAAGACCAAUCUUUUAAACUAUGUAAUAUUCAGUAUCAGUAUUAUUAUUAAAGCAAUUCAUCAAAUUGUGAAUCAAAUGGCAAAUCACAGCAAAAAUGGGUAACAAUUCCUUGUCUUUAACAACUUCCUCUUAUUUAUCUGCCUUCUUUAUAAAAGAAUUAUUAAGUUUCCUUCUCCCAAUGUUAAGCACUUUGGGCUGCAUCUAUUGUCUGGAAUAGUUCUGUGAUUAUUUCAAACAAUGGGAUUGUUGUUAUAUGUGAGGAACUGUUUGUAAAAACAAAACUCUGCCCUGGUCUGCAUCAUAUCUUGUAGCCAGAUGACACCUCUGUUCGUUGAUACAAAUUGUAUCCUAUAAACUUUUUAAUUAAACAAGAUCAUUGUUUUAUAUGAUAAUAUUUAAACAAAAAAAUAUUUCGAGUUGAACAUUUUGAGUAUCUAUGGCAAACUUUGUCACCUAUGGUAUUUAGACUUUAUUUAUAUGAGGGGGGCUUUUAUUCCCUUUAUUUUUCAAGUGCAGGGAAGAGAAUGUCUCGAAUGCACAUUUUGGAAACAGAAACUUUGCUGUUAUAUGACGCUGAAAGUAACCAGCGUUAAAUGUGUUUUACGUUGUGGUUGUGAGGAAAACUGAAGCUCCUUAGGGUCAUACUCCGCAGUAUUUAACAGACUUAGAGCCAAGACGGUUGCAAGUGCAGUAAAAAUAUGUUUUGAUGAACUUGGUUCACCUUUUGAUAUGGUACCUCAGGCUCCAGAUGUUUAGUGACACCGCAACCACAGCGAUGAAAGGUGUGUCUCUCAGGAACAAGUCUGCAGUCGUCCCUGUUGACUCAGUGGACCUUCUGACGUUGUCGUGCUAUGAUGUGAUCAGGUGCUCUCGUCCUGCCGGUCUGGCACUGUGUGCUGCUGUCUGCUGCAGGGAUGAGACACUUGACAUUUGAACUAACCAAACCCGGUGCUGUGUGCACACUCUUGUGCAUAUUAAUAACAAUAACAUAUUAAGUAAAUGAGGGGAAAACCUUUUUUUCUACUUUCAUGACCUUGUUAAAGAGCUGUUUUUCCAAUUGUAAGUGUUUAUCUGCAAGAAUCUUGUCGCACACUUUACUGAGUGUUCUGGUGUCAUAACUUGAAUCAAUGAGUUCAGACUAAAACAUGUGGCAAAUCUCUGUGUUUUUUUCUGGUCUUCCCAGCGAACAGCUGAUGCAGCAGCUAUGCAGACUUUACCUGUUUGUCUUGGGCUGACCUCAAACAUCUCAGUCGUUCUCCUGUAGUUUCUCCCCUUUUUCAGACAUGUAAGUUGAGUUGACAGAAACAUAGUGAACUUGUGGAGGUUCAAGUAUCAAUGUUGACGAUGGGUUUGAUGUCCUUCACACUCCCACUGCACUAGACACGUUUACAUGGACACCAAUAUUCCGAUGUGACAUCUACAUACAACAGUUACCAACUGCUCGAUGACAAGUAUCUUGCUUUUGAGUGUAAACAAGUAGCAGGACGUAAUGUUGACGUGAGUCAGUAUCAGACUGCUUUUUAACAUGUUAACAGGAAUAUUUAUGGAAUAUUCUACUAGCUAUAAAUAUCAUAAUUAAAAUAAAGUCUAAUUCAGAGUAAGGUAAAUACUAGGAGUAUUGCUGUCCAUGUCAAUGUAGUGAACAGAAAUUCAAGUCCUGUAUCUCACUAAUCAAAGGUGUAACAUGUCUAUACAGCCUCAGUGAAAAGGGCUGUUUGACUUUUGUUCAGUAAGUUGUGAAACUUAAGACGAGCGCCACUUGAGUUUUGUUUGUACCUGUACUUUGGACUUAUAAAACUGCAGUACAAUGAGUUAAGUCAUUCUUUUCUCACCUGCUACUUUCUAUUCAAUUCAUUUUCCUUAUUAAUUCAUACAUUUUUUCGAUGGCUACUCUGAUGUGACCUUCUGUCCACGACUGUUGUAUUUAAUUAUUCAGUGUUUUAACAGAUAAAACUCAGUAUUUUUGUAAUUUGUUGCUUAUAUGACUAAAUCAGCCUUUUUUUAUCCAAUGGGACAUUAAAUGUAAACGUACCUACUAUGUCCCCGUUUUAUCUCGGUACAUUCCGACCCUUAUUUCUAAUGUGCUUUAAUACGGUUUCAUUUAUGAUGUAGAAUUGAUUUAAGUGCUGUUUUUUCAGGGACCAAAGCCAAGUAAAAAAAUCUGUUUAUUGCCGUCCAAUGUUUCCCCCUUUUCUCAGGUCAGUGGUAGUUAUUUGAAACCAAAGCUGUCAUAUGUACAACUGUGCUGAUUCAGAAGGUAUAUUGAAGUCAGAUUGUUUUUUUUAAAUACCUAAUUACGUCACAUGAGCGGUAUUACCAAAAGAUAUUUCUAUAAGGUGAUAUUACAUUUGUAAGUGAAGGAUGUACCAAGCCUAAAUAAAUAAUCCAUAUUAGGAGAAGGAAGAGAAAACAAAUAUACUUGAAAUUCAAAUGAAAUCCAUGUCUUUGUUAUUAAUUGUUUCUGUAUGACUGUAAGAAAAUAUCACUUUGGAGGUUUUGUUCACAACAAACAAACCUGUGUCAUAUUUACAGAACCUGAGGCCAAAUGAGACGUGUUGACUGUUCUUGUGUUUGAUGUAAAAACGAGCAAUAAAAGCCCAACUCAAGCUUU